AUGAAACGAAAGCUCGAUGCCAACGACGUCCCGUCACCAGAAACAGCUGGCAAGACCGAAACCCAUGAUUCCGACGAUGCCAGUUUUGAAAGUCUCAACCUCGACCCGCGACUGCGCCAAGCCCUGACGAAAGAGAAAUUCUCGAAGCCGACUCUUGUCCAGGCGAAGGCGAUUCCGUUGGCGCUUCAGGGGAAGGAUAUUCUGGCUCGCGCAAAAACUGGUUCCGGAAAGACCGCGGCCUAUGUCCUACCGAUUCUGCAAACGAUUCUUCAGAAGAAGGCUGCCGACCCCUCGUUGAAAGCUACAACCGGCCUCAUCCUCGUCCCGACCCGAGAAUUGUCCGAACAAGUCCAGAAUGUCGUGACCACUUUCGCAGCCUUCUGCGGUAAGGAAGUUCGCUCUGUCAACCUCACACAGAAGGUCUCCGACGCAGUUCAGCGUACAAUGCUCGCCGAUUGCCCCGAUCUGAUCGUGUCGACCCCCGCUCGUGUCCUGUCCAACAUUAGCAACUCCGCGUUGUCGCUCGACAAUCUGAGCCACCUGGUUAUUGACGAGGCAGACCUCGUUCUCUCAUACGGAUAUGAUGAGGACAUUCAAGCGCUGUCGAAGGCGAUUCCCCGUGGUGUGCAGACAUUCUUGAUGAGUGCUACGCUCACUGCGGAGGUUGAUACCUUGAAGGGUCUGUUCUGUCGGAGUCCUGUGACCUUGAAGCUUGAGGAUCAAGACGACCAGGGCGCUGGCGUGAGCCAGUUUGUUGUCAAGUGCGCGGAGGACGAAAAAUUCCUCUUGACUUACGUUAUUUUCAAGCUGCAGCUGAUCAAGGGCAAGAUCAUCGUUUUCGUCGGCGAUAUUGACCGAUGCUACCGUGUUAAGCUGUUCUUAGAGCAAUUUGGUGUCAAGUGUUGUGUGCUCAACUCAGAGUUGCCCGUCAACUCUCGGAUCCACGUCGUGCAGGAGUUCAACAAGGGUGUCUACGAUAUUAUCAUCGCCGCCGAUGACCAAGAAGUUAUGGGUGCUCGCAAGUCCAAGAAGACCAAGCAAGAAGAUGGCGAUGAUAAGGCACAAUCGAGUGACGAGGACGAGAACGAAGGAGACAACAAGCGCCGCAAACUGUCCGGCAAAGAAAAGGAUUACGGUAUUUCCCGCGGUAUCGACUUCCAGAACGUCGCCUGUGUCCUUAACUUCGACCUGCCCACUACCUCCAAAUCGUACACCCACCGCAUCGGCCGUACCGGAAGAGCAGGCAAGGCCGGAAUGGCACUCUCCUUCGUCGUCCCAGCAGCCCAAUUCGGCAAACACAAGCCCACAUCCAUUUCCACCGCAAAGCACGAUGAAUCCGUCCUCGCGAAGAUCGUUAAGCGCCAGUCCAAGCUCGGCCACGAAGUGAAACCCUACCACUUCGAAAUGAACCAAGUUGAGGCUUUCCGGUACCGUAUGUCCGACGCCCUCCGCGCCGUGACCCGACUCGCCGUGCAAGAAGCCCGUGCUCGUGAAAUCCGCCAAGAACUCAUCAAGAGCGAGAAGCUCAAGCGCCACUUUGAAGAGAACCCAGAGGAACUGCGACAACUGCGCCAUGACGGCGAGCUGCGUUCUGCGCGCAUCCAGCCCCAUCUUAAGCAUGUUCCGGAUUACCUGAUGCCAGCGAAAGGAAGGAAAGGUAUUUCGAAUGAGGAUAUUGGGUAUGUUGGGCUGCGGAAGACCACUGAUAAUCGCAUUCGGAAGGCUAGAGAGCGGAAUCGCAAGGCUGGAAGAGGUAGGAAGCCUGGUGGGAGAGUUGAUCCGUUGAAGACGUUUAAUCGGGGGAGGAAAUAA